AUGACUUUAUCUAAGACUACCAUCCUUUUCAUUCCGGGAGCGUGGCAUCUCCCCGAUGUCUUCGAUGACACUCGGGCUGCCCUGACUGUUCGGGGUAUUCCCAGUGCGGCCGUGGCACUCCCUUCUAUUGGGGAAGAGCCUCCAAACAAGGGGCUCGCGGAUGACACUAUCGCCGUGCGUAAUGAGAUUGAAAGACUAUCUGACGAGGGCAAGCAAGUUGUUGUUGUGGCUCAUUCCUACGGUGGUAUGGUCGGAGCCGGCGCUGUCAAGGGUCUUGGAUACACAGAGAGGCAAAAAGGCGGCAAGACCGGUGGAGUUAUCAUGCUGGUUUAUAUGGCCGCCUUUGUUGCCAAAUUGGGAACCAGUCUGUUAGAUAUGCUGGGAGGAAAUUGGCUACCUUGGAUGAAGCUCGACGUUAGUGGCUGUUGCUUCCUAACCCGAAUGGCUUCAAUCGAUGCUAACAGCAUGCAGGGCGACUAUUGCCGCGCCGAAGAGGCAGCAGAGAUUUGCUAUAAUGACCUGUCUUUGCGGGAGCAGGAGAAGUGGAGCUCGAGGAUUGUGCAUACCUCUCGCGCUGUGUUUGAGGAACGCGUCGCUCACGAGCCUUGGCAUGAUCUGCCCUGCAUGUACCUCUUUUGCGAGGAUGACAAGGCAAUUCCCCUGGCUGUCCAGGAGUCUAUGGCUAGUUUGCUCGGGGAUUACAGUCAAUUUAGAUGUCCAAGCUCUCAUUCUCCAUUUUUGAGCAUGCCUGAUAAGGUGGCUGAGGCCUGUGAGCUGGCCGCAAAGAUUGGCUGCGAAAAGUGCCAUCGUGAGGAACUAUAG